AUGCAGGUGAUCGAUUACUUGGAUGCCUACAGCAGCCUUUGCGACAAGAGAAACACCUUUGUGGUUUCAUCCAUCAAACGCGAUCUGGAGCACGCCAUCGAUGGCGGGAAUCUUCCCGAUACCUUUGAUCUCUCGGGCAACACCACCGAGCUCAGAUACACCCGCGUCAACGACGAUUACCUGGACAUUCUGCUGACGCCGAUGCGAGGUAUCGAUUUCCUGCGAAAGCUCAAUUUGUCUUACAACAACAUCGGUGACCAGGGUGCCACAAAUCUCGCCCACUUUCUGAAGGACGACAAGUAUCUGGUCUGGAUCAAUCUCAGAGCCAACGAGAUCAAGUCCCAGGGCGGCGUGGCGCUCGCCAAGGCCUUGCAGAUAAACUUGACCCUGACAGAGCUGGACAUUGGCGACAACGGGAUCGGGGACUUUGCGGGUCUCGAGUUUGCCGGCACGCUCCAGCAGGUCAACACCGCAAUACAUCGCCUGCACAUUGACGGAUGCGACCUACGGGCCACAUCCUUCAUCUCCCUCUUCACAGUGCUGCAGAACAACAACACUUGCUCGUUCCUCAACAUCUCCAACAACCUCUGCCACUCUGCGAGCCUGACCCAGACGGUUCAAAACGACAUCAUGAUCCACAUGUCCAAGAUGCUUCGGCUUAACCACACCAUCUCGCGCUUGGGGCUCAAGAAGUUUGGAAUCACGGACUGGGCCAUGGUGGACACCUUUGCCAACACAAUCAUGAACAACAGCACACUCGUGAUAUUGGAUCUGUGCAGGUGGGUCUCAUACUCGAGCGCAUAUGGAAUCCAGCAGAGCACGGCUAAAGAUCGAUAA